AGAGCACACACACACGUACCACCGUACACAUUCACAAACACACUCUUUGCACAUAUUGGAGUGAACAUCCUGACUUCGGGCUGGCUGAGGACGACGGCGCGGCUCUCUGCAGGCUGAACACUCGGGAGAGGACUCUGCUGCUACAACCAAAGCAGAAAACAUCCACUGGUAUCAAGAUGGAAACCGCUCAGGAACGCAAGCCAAAAAGGCCCCACUACAUUCCUCGACCGCCAGGCAAGCCGUACAAGUACCAUUGUUUCCAGUGUCCUUUCACCUGCAAUGAAAAGUCGCACCUCUUCAACCACAUGAAAUAUAACUUGUGUAAGAACUCCAUCUCCCUGAUGUCACAGAAAAAUGGCCAAACAGCCCGACAGGUCAAGCCUGUGGUAAAGGAAGUCCCUGACAAAUCUAAGGACUGUCCGAGCCCCCUGCCAGCAGUUCAGAACAAUAGUCCUGAGAAACAAGGUACUAAGGGGAACAAAGCUGAGAGCGGAGGUGACACUGAAGAAGUAGACGUUGGGUGUGACAGUCCAGUCAAUAAGGAAAGCCAGAGUGUGACAAAAUCAAAUACAGUAAUAGAGGGAGGGAAUGAGAACAAGUCUCUGCCACGCCCAUCUGCUUUCUCCCCUGUCACACCCAAAAGUGACGGAGCAGAAGCCUUCAUGCCAUCUGUGCAGCAGCCAGAGGAUUCACAAGCUCCUGUUCCCACUUUCAGCCACCCAGGUUUUCCAUGGGGCACGAUGUCUUCAUCCAUUGCCUUAAAACCAUUCCCUCCUCCCAUAGUUCCUGAAUACACUCCUUACCUCCUGCCUGACCGGCCCCUGUAUCCACCAUACUACCUCCCAGCAAACCACCAUGCAAAUGAGCCAAACGCUCCCUCUUUCCGGCCAGAGGUUAUGGAUCCGCCUGUGGUGCCACAACCCAUUGCCCCACCUCACGCUUCGCUCUUUCCCCCGUACCCAUACAGAUAUUGCCACCCUCUUCACUCAAACCCCCCUGUGCAUUUUACCCUUUACAGACCGCAUGAGCUCUCCAUGCCAAUCGCAGGACCCAGAUAUCUUCCUUUGGAUUUGUACGGCCCGGCCCUUGGGCCAAAGGAUUAUGACUUGUACGUGCAUUCCCGGUCCAGUCUCGACAGCCUCAACACAUCUACACGAAAGGAGAGCAACCACGGGCAAAGAGGCGACAAGGAAACCAGGCUGAGUCCUAAAGAGGGUUGUUCAGCGUUGGGGUCCCCUGACAGACCCAGUCAUGCACACAUCAUCCAGAGACACACAGAAGCCCCACACUACACCAACAAGAGUGACCCACAGGCAACCACCCAACUAGGACAUACAGCUACACCCAUUGAACCUUUCAAAACCGACAUAAGGCUUGAAGAGUCUGCCAAAACCUUGCUGCAGUUAAGAACUCUGCAUGUGGAUGGAGGAUCGGCCGAGAGCAACAGAUAUUUCUCUGUGCCUGUUUCUGAGCCGUGUCCUAAAAAAACAGCAGACCAAGAUAGUGAGAACAACAGAGAAGAUUUGACCCCCCUAAACCUCUCAACAAGGAACCAGGACAAAGAAAAAAGUCCAUCUGACCACAGACUGAGGUGCUCAGAGACAGAGAACUUAAACAGGGAAGAGUUGCCUCUGAACCUCAGCCUGCGACCUUCUUAUAGCAGCCCUGUUCACAGCUCUGCUCUGGGCACUUCAGAAGAUCUUGAGCCGAAGCCAGAAACUGAGCUGGAUGAAGAACCAUGUGACCAGAGGCAGACUGCAGCACUGGCACUCUGUCAGCUAGCCAUUGCACGUUCUGCUGCCUCUUCAUGUGGCUUCAACACUGCAGAUAGGACUUCGGAGAAUUACACAGACACUGUAAGUUCUGGCUCACCAAAGAAGACCAAACACACAACUGUGGCUAAAAAAACUGGUGUGAAAAGAGCAAACAGUGGCCAGGCUGAUAACAAGUGCCAUAAACCAAACAAGAGAGCAAAAGCACCAGGACGGGCUCUGAGGAGGAGGCCUCGCUGCUGCUAAACUCUGACUGUUACUUGGUGUGGAGGACGGAGUAUCUGAAGCCUUCGACUCUGCAUUCCUAACCUUGAAAAGAUCAAUUUAUUGAACAUGCUUAAUAAAUCAAAUGUAUAUAGCACUGCCACAGGAUCAACUGUAAGAAAAGAAUUGUGAAAUGCAAAGACUCGAUGUGCAUAUUAUGUCUCGUUCCCACACUUGAUUGUGAAAGGUGAAAAAAGCAUUUUUUUUAUAUGGGAUGUUCAUAUUUAAACCUGUACAUUUUUGGAUGAUGUGGUAAUGUAUUGUAAAUGUACAAAUGUUGUAAAAAUAAAUCAUCAGAAUUGA